AUGGCUUUAAAGGCAUCAACCUGCUACUACUCCUCUGGAGCAUAUUCUCCGUCAGCGCGCAAGUUACGUGAAUUCUUUGUCCCAGGGUGGAGGGAAUGCAAGGAAUUGUACUCAGCUCGCGCAAAGCUACUUUUUGACCUGAGCCAAGAGAACAACAAGAUCGUCCUAGUACAAUCCGCUUUGUUAAUGAGCUAUUGGUACUCAAAUUCUGCAGAUGUAAAACAAUCCUGGUACUGGACGGGCAUAUCCUUCAGCAUUGCACAGUCAUUUGGUCUGCAUGCUCUUGCGAAAGCUCGUCCACGGAGUCAAGAGGAGACCUUGUGGCAGAACAUUAGGCUUUGCUCGCGUAAGAAAGAAUUUGAAGAGAGUUUGAGCGGCCUGGACUAUAGCGGUGCGACAUCUAUCAUACGCACGAAUUGCUUGGACAAAGCUCACAACGCAGCCAAAAGAGCAAGAGCUCGCUUCGAAUGGCAUAAUCGCGGUCCUUUAUGCUUAGAUCGACGGUCACUAGGAGACUCCGUUGUUGGCCGCACUUUUCAUCAUACCACUACUAGUGCCAGCUAUCGUCACGUAUCUGAUCAACCCAAGGAACAAGGACCAGUACGCCUUGACUCAGUUAGAUGUCUACAAAUACGUUUUGACGGCAAAUAUCCUGCAGCUUCAAUGUUGAAGGGUGUCAUGAUUGUCACUAAAGAGACUAUCUUAAACAAGGUGGGAGAGAUGCGGAAAUAA